AUGCAAUUAUAAAAGUUAGAAAAAACUUAAAAGCUUGCCACAAAUAAAUAUAGGUGUAUUGAAAAAAAGACUAAUAAAGAAUAUGUUCUUACAUUGUAGUCGAUUUCUGAUUAUGAUGAUAGAAUAUGGGGGUUAGAUCAUCAAAAUUUUCUCAUCGUAAUUGAUAGAUGGGAAGAGAAUGGAAUGAUGUGUAUUUUAUAAAAUAGUGAAUACUUGUCUUUACUCAAAGAAGGGGCUUAUUAUGGAGAAUAAAAAAUUUUAUAAAUACUUUUAUAACUUGCAUAAGCAUUAAAUAGCGCUGAGCUAAAAGGAAUAAAUGCUACAGUUACUCUCUAAAAUUUGUUUCUCGAUGAAUAAAAAAACAUUAAGGUUUGUUAUUAAUUCAAUUAAGAUCGAUUUGCUAUCAUUAAAUGCUACCCCAUUAAUUUUUGCCUCUCCAGAAGUUCUGAGAAAAGAAUCCAUUCAUUCUGGAAUUUGGAGCUUAGGUAUAAUAGGAUAUUUUCUUGCUAACAAUCGAAUGCCUUUUAUUGGUGGCAAUGAUAAAACUCUAGCAUAUAAUAUAAUAUAUAGAGAUCCUCCACCUACAGAUUAGACCAAAUUUCCAAUAUUAUCUCAACUAUUAAAGAGGGUUUUAGUUAAAAAUAUUUAAAAGAGAUAUACAUAUUAACAGGUCAUUGAUUAUUUAGCUGAUAAAGUAAUUUAAAGGGAGACUCCUUCUAGUUUAUUAAUGAAUUAAUAAUCUUCAAAAGUAGUCUCAAAAAAAGAUCCAAGUAUUUGUUCUUUUAAAGAAAGCAAGAUUGAAAUAAUAAAUGAAUCAGGAUCUGAAAUAAAUAACGAGUCUUAGUUCUUAGAGAUUAAACCAAUUGUUCCUUAAAUAAUAACGUUAGAUACUAUUGAAAAUAUGCAUUCUGUCCAUCGAUAAUUAAAAAAUAGACCAUAAUCAUCUGUUUAACGAAUAAUCAAAGAUGAAUCAAAAGAUUUAAUGAUUCGCUUAUAAAGAAUAAGACCUAAUUCUGCUGUAGGAUUUAGUGGAAAAGAGUAUAUUUCAAGAAAUAUUAAAUAAGAAAUGAGUAAUAGAAGAAUAAUUAAAUCAUCUGUUGAACCUUAAGUCACAACUAACACUUUUAGAAAUACAUUUAUGAAAAAAUAAUAAUUUAAGGAAGUCUCUGUUGAUUUAAAAGAAGCUAAAUAAAUUAAAAAUGAACAUGUGAUAAGAGUCUAUAAUUUAGAAUAUUAAAAUGAAUAAUAAAUUGCUUCAAAAAGAAUUCAUAAACCUUUUUAAAAAGUCCUUCAGAAUCCAAAUACACCAAAAUGUCUUAAUUAAAAAGAAAAGGUAUUUUUUGAUGAAAUUUAAGAUUGGAAAUCAAAAAUGCAGAAUAAUAUGAAAUAAUAAUCAGUUCAAAUAUGUAAAAAGUCAGAACCUAUUGUGAAAUCUAUAUUAAAAGAUUGA